UUUCUCCAGCCCUGCAGCGGGAGCGGCGGCCAUGGCGCUGGUGCUGGGUCUCCUAAGGCGAGUGCUGGAGUACUUUGGCUGGCCGCCCGAUCAGGCCAUAUUUUUGGAAAUGCGCGUGUUCGGUAGCGGCAUCAGUCGUACAAUCAGAACGUGCCUUCCUUCAGCAGACUCAUCCAGAAGGCAUUUCCAGCAGUUAUAUGCAGUCAUGAGGCGGUAUCAGCUCAAGGUCAUAUCUGCUUGCCAAAAGAAGGAAUAUGGAUCUACUCGAAGUGUUGUCCGUAGACUCGGGACAAUUCUUUCCAUAGAGCCUUACCCAAGACCUUAUUUUUGCCUUGUUCAAGACCCAGGUUUGUUGGAUUGUGAUGAACAAAGCACCAUUCCACCUCCUGUAGCUCCAUCACUUGCUGAUGUCCUCUGGGUGGCAAAUGAUGAGGGACAGGCAUUUACUAGACUUAGGACUGAGUUGUGGGGGAAAAAGAAAGGCGGAACAGGUCAUCGUCACCAAUGUCCAUCUGUAGAUUCAAUACAAAAUGGUCCAAAAAACAGUACACAAGGAGGUGAUCUUGCUGAUAGAGCAGCGCUCCAGAAAAUUUCUGCACUUGAAAAGGAGCUAACCUUUCUUCGUGCUCAGAUUGCUGCAAUUGUUUCCGCACAGACAUUGGGAAGCAUCCCUUCACAAGCCUUUAAAACAUCCAGCACUCCAGAUGGAUCUUACCCAGUGCCAGCCAUGACUUCUACACCACUGUCCGUCUCUCACAAUCACUUUGUAAUUCCCUCGCCUCCUCCGCUUCCUUCUGGUGUACCAUCUGGUGUUGCUGCUAGUAAUUCGGCAGUUGAACUUACAAAACAACGUCUUGCUGCAAGAAAACAUGGUUCAACUGCAGCUGAGAGUGCUGGUCACCAGAGGACAAAGAACAUUCCUAGUAUGAUGGAUGUUUUAAAAGAUCUCAACAAAGUUCAGCUGAGAGCUACUGAGAGGUCCCCUGGAGGCACUCCUCUUUCUAGACCCAAAAGGAGAUCAAGUUCAGAUUGGGAUCCAGUUGAUCUACUAACUCGUGCACUGAAGCAGAAAUUUGCACAUAAAGAUGAUGAUGAUGAUGAUUCCCUGGACAAAGAAAAUUGGUCUUUUGACAGCUCCCCACUUUCUAGUCCAGAGAUCCCACUGGUUGGACGUUGCAGUCUGAAGCCAAAUGCAAAAUCUAGCCUUGUAAGAAGUGAUGAAGUUAAACAGGUACCAACGUGGAAAGUGGGAGCUCAUAUUUAAUUGAUGGAGACUUCUGAGGAAACAUCGUGGGGUAUAAGUAGCAGUUCUACUUUGAAACUGCUGUCAGGUGCUGUAAUAUGUUCUAGAACAUGUCUCUCCUAUGCUACUGAAGUUUGGGUGUCCUAGGGUUUGUUAAAUUGUCUCUUCCUUCUUAGUUUCCCAGCAGCCAAACUUGUGAAUGUGAUGCUUUUAUGAGAAGCACAGAACCAAAAGGCGGUUUAUAUUACUAUGGAGCAGUGUGUUUGAAACCUGGGAAAUGCAGAAAGGAAGUGUGUAUGAAAGAAAAGUAAUUAUUGGUGUGGCAGCUGAGGUAUGCUCUGUUUACACUCCAGUAUAAGUGAAGUGUAACCUCCUUGUUGGUGUGUUGUAUAUAACUGACUGUAUAUAAUGGUAGCUAAUACAGUUUCUUUAGAAUUGGCUACCUCAGUUUUCUUUGCUGUUUGUUUAUGCAGUUCCGUACUCAAUAUGUAAACUGUAUUCUAAUUUAUUUGGGGUCAGCAGAACUUCUGUGUUUGUGAAACUGUGAUGCAAGUUAACUUGUAGGCUGUCAAAUGCCUAUAAUAUGGGGGAGUUGUGUUCUGAGGUAAAGACUUUGCAGAGAGAUCUGCUAGCAAAUAGCCUAAAUUCAGUAUGUAAAUAAAAUGAACUCACUCAUUGGCUUCUCCAUAUCUAGGUCUGUUUUAUUCACAAGAGUUGAAGUAAAAUUUCCUUUAUGUCAUAGGUGUGUUUGAUAAUGGCAUUUUGUGUUGACUUUUUUUGUAUCUUAAGCACUGACCAUAUUAGAAAACUUCUUAAAUAAACUGUUAUCUAAAAUUAAAAUAGAGCUUACAUUUUUCCUGUGAGAGUACUUUAUUUACAAAUUUAUUACAAUCCACUGCUUACAACAGCUGCCUUCACUUAGUCCUUUAAUGACCCUGAUGUAUAAAACAAAAAUCGUACCAAUCAGACUUUAGAAUGUGUCCCUGUGUAGUUUCUACUUCCCUGCUCACAUGGAGUAGACUGGCAGCUGGAUUUCCUCUUACUGCUGAGUCUUAUUUGCACAGUUGUAAGAAAUUAUGGUGAAAAUCCUGUAAUUCUGUUUAUUAAGUUAUCUUUUGACUAAAACUGGA